UACAAAUUGACCAAAACUGUUUAAAUCCAGUUUUGCAGUCCAAGUCACUGCACAAUAUAUAGAGGUCUUUCACCUUUCUCUCCCUUUGUUUGUGGCGAGUCUCUUUGGGUCUUUCACACUUGACGCCAUGGACUUCCAAUCUGGGAGAGCAAGAGGAAGUGGUGGUAGAGGGAGAGGCCGCAGGCCUAAUCCCGGCAAUGACGCCGGAUUCCGGCAGCCGAACUCGCCAAAUUAUGGCGAUGGGGCUGGCGGUUCUCGGCCGGGUUGGGGAAGUGGGCGCCGCGGGUAUUAUGGGCAAGCGCCCGCCGCGAGUUACGGCCGCGGCGGCGAUGGCCGUGAGCGUUAUGAUGCGCCACGGCGGGCGAUGGCGGCGCCGCCUCCGAGAAGGGGCGGCCAAGGUAGAGGGGCACAUUUCGAGUACGUUGCGGUCCGGUCGCCGAAUCCAAGCUCGAUGAGUAAUGAGCCUCUGGUUUCAGAUCUUCGUUCACUGACAAUUUCUCAGUCACCGGCAACAGUAUCAUCAUCUUUACCACCAUCUUUGCCUGAUGUUGGCAGAAGGGUUCCCAUGCAAAGGCCUGAUCAUGGUGGGUCAUCACGAUCACCACAGCCACCAACUUUUGUCGAACUUGGUAAAAGGAUACCUAUGCAAAGGCCAGAUCAAGGUGGAUCAUCACAUAUCAAGAAAGUCAACCUCCUUGUUAACCAUUUUCUGUUCAGUUUCAAUGAGAAUUCAGUCAUCCAUCACUAUGAGAUUAAUGUCAAGCCUGAGAAACCCCGCAAAGCCAGCUCGUCCACUGAACUCUCCAAGUCCGACUUGCUCUCAGUAAAGAAUGAGCUAUUUACGUCCGAACCCUAUCAAUCCCUGUUGCCAUCUGUUGCUUAUGAUGGUGAAAGAAAUCUGUAUAGUGCAGUCGAAUUGCCCAUCAGGCAAAGGCAAUUCGAAGUGCAACUUCCUUCCAAGACCUAUUCUGUUACUAUACACUUCAAAAAGCAAUUAGAACUCAGCCGGCUCUUGGGGUUACCUGGCCCCAGAGAGGUCUUGCAGGGAUUGGAUGUGAUAGUUCGAGUGGCCUCAAGCAGGCAAAGGAUCACCUUAGGCCCGAGCUUCUACUCCAGGGAUGGUAGUCGCGACCUUGGAAUGGGUGUUGAAGCUCUGCGGGGGUCACAGCAGACACUAAAAGACACCAAACAAGGUCUUGUUCUCUGCGUGGACUACUCUGUCAUGCCAUUUCGGAAGUCUGGGCCAGUGCUCGACUUUCUGAGAGACAAUUUGCGGGUAUCAUUCAAUCAGGACACAGUAUUGAGUGGGAAGCAGAAGUUCGAAGUGGAGAAAGCAUUGAAAAACCUUCGGGUUACCGUGACACAUCGAACGACUAAUCAGAAGUUCACAAUUUCAGGCUUGACUGACUUGAUCACAGACAAGAUCACAUUCAUGGAUGAGAAUUCGGGAAGGGAGUUGAGGCUCGUGGAUUACUACAAAGAGAAAUACAAUGAGGAGAUCAAUUAUAAGAGGCUUCCUUGUUUGAACUUGAGCAAAAACAAGAUGAACUAUGUGCCCAUGGAAUUCUGUGUGUUGGCUGAAGGUCAGCGCUAUCCAAAGGAUGGUUUGAAUUGGGAUGCUGAUAGAAACCUAAGGGAUAUGGCCUUACUACCUCCAAAGGAGAGGAAAGAGAGGAUACUCAACAUAAUGCGUGCAGCAGAUGGGCCUUGCAAAGGAGAGAUUGCAAAGCAAUUUGAUUUAUCUGUUGCCAAGGAAAUGACACAAGUGACUGGCCGUCUCCUUGCUUGCCCUGAUCUUAAACUCCGGGAUACCAAUGGCCAGAUCUCCAAACUCAGGCCCCCAAAAAAUGACUGCCAAUGGAACCUUCUCAAGAACAAACUACUAGCAGGCCAGAAUUUACAAAAUUGGGGAAUUCUUGACUUCAGUGCACAACCAUCACACUUCGAGCAGCAAAAACUCGACACUGAUGAAUUCAUCCGAAGCAUCAUCAGACGAUGCCGCAACCUUGGUAUGCAGAUGAAUGGCAGGCCUCUCUUUGUGAUCAACUCCAGAAUGGCUGUUCUUCGGGACUAUCAUAAGCUUCUCGGAGAGCUUAACAAAGCAAUUCAGCAUGCUGGGACACACCAGUUGCAGCUUUUAUUCUGCCCAAUGUCAGAGCGCCACCAGGGAUACAAGACACUCAAGCUGAUAUGUGAGACACAGUUGGGGCUCAUGACCCAGUGCCUCCUGAGCCACAAUGCCAAUAAAAUGCAGGACCAAUACUUUGCCAACCUCGUUUUAAAGAUCAAUGGCAAGCUUGGUGGCACCAAUAUGGAACUCUCCAAUACCCUCCCAUUAAUGAAUGACUCUCCCUUCAUGUUUAUUGGUGCUGAUGUGAACCACCCCUCGAGUUGGAACACCACGAGCCCAUCAAUUGCAGCAGUUGUUGCCAACCUCAAUUGCCCUGGGACAAGCCGCUAUGCUGCAAGAAUCCGAGCUCAGCCCCACCGCACCGAGAGGAUCAUGGAGCUGGGCGAGAUGUGUCAAGAGCUUGUUGAAGCUUAUGUGCGAAUCAUUGGAGCCAAGCCUCAGAAGAUUGUAUACUUCCGCGAUGGUGUGAGUGAUGGACAGUUUGAUAUGGUUCUUAAUGAGGAGCUGAGAGAUCUUGUGGCAGCAAUCAAAUCAGAUAGCUACUCACCCACGAUCACAGUGGUUGUCGCAAAGAAGCGGCACCACACGCGCUUGUUUCCGGAGAGCGAGUGUGAGCCAUGCACUAGAAAUGGCAAUGUUCUUCCGGGCACUCUGGUUGACACAAUGAUUAUUGACCCAAUGGCAUUCGACUUCUAUCUUUGCAGCCAUAAUGGGAUCCUGGGGACGAGCAAGCUGACACACUACUACGUGCUCCAGGAUGAUCAUGGCUUCAUGUCAGAUGAGCUGCAGAAGCUUAUAUAUAACCUAUGCUUCACCUUUGCCCGGUGCACCAAGCCAGUCUCAUUGGCACCACCGGUUUACUAUGCAGACGUUGCUGCCUAUCGCGGGCGCUUGUACUAUGAGAGCAUGCAGGAAGCAUCAUCAUCUGCUUCAUCCUCUGCUGCUUCCACUUCUUUUGGCCAAGGUGGUUUUCCCAAGCUGCAUAAGAAUGUUGAGGAUGGGAUGUUCUUCCUUUGACACCUCUAACAGCUUGGGUUGAAAAGAGGCAAGUCUCCUCAAGGACUCUAGAACAGAGCAUAAGUAUGGUUAGUGGAAACACCAUAGGAAUGGGUGGAAUGGGCAAAUCUCUCUCUCUUUCACACACACAUGUGCACACACAUAUACAUGUGGAGAGAGGCAACACACACGCGCACGCAUGUGGAGUAGAUCUUUCAGGUUGAUCAGAAAUAGUCAUGCAGACAAGGAUGAAGUACUAUUGGAAUUAUGUAUGCUAGUAGAAUGUCAGUGUAUUAUGGUGAUAUAUUUCUCAGACUUUUAGAUUGGAUUGUAUUAAAAGAAUCUCCUGGUUUGUUUUUGCUGGAGAAAGGCAAGUAGUUCUUUCAGGUUGAUCAGAACUAAUCAUGCAGACAAGGCUGAAGUACUAUUGAAGUUAUGUAUGCUAGUAGAAUGUCAGUGUAUUAUGGUGAUGUAUUUCUCAGACUUUUGGCUUGGAUUGUGGUAAAAGAAUCUCCUGGUUUGUUUUUGCUUUAUCAGCUAAUCUCCUCUUUUAAGCCCGUUUCUAAUGUUGCCUGUCUCUGCCUAUGGAUUCCUCUGGUGUAAGAUCUCUGCAUUAUAUAAUGUAAUUUAUCGUCAAUAAAAGAAAGGGAGGAAAAAGGAGUUGGUUUGAUA